AAAAAAUCCUCCAAUUAGAAAGGAGGGGUAAACUAUAAAAACGAAAGGAAAAGGAAAGGCAGAUCCACUUGUACAAUUUCAUUCAGUGAACGCAACAAUGGUUCCUCUUCGCUCCAUUUCGAUCUUCACCUUCGGCUUCCUUCUCCUCUUCCUAUGUUCCUCGUUGGCGGAGCAGCAACAGUUUGCCGUUGAUGGGAAAGUAUUGGAACUUGAUGAAUCCAACUUCGAAGCCGCAAUUUCCACCUUUGAUUAUAUGUUUGUCGAUUUCUAUGCUCCUUGGUGUGGUCACUGCAAACGUCUUUCUCCUGAGUUGGACAAAGCGUCUGUCAAUCUUGCUGUAUUGAAGCAGCCCGUUGUAAUUGCAAAAGUAGAUGCUGAUAAAUACAGUCGUCUUGCUUCUAAAUAUGAAAUUGAUGGAUUUCCAACUUUGAAGAUAUUCAUGCAUGGAGUUCCGACAGAUUAUUAUGGACCAAGAAAGGCAGAUUUACUUGUGAGAUUCUUGAAGAAGUUUGUCGCUCCUGAUGUGUCCGUACUCAAUUCUGACUCUGCUAUUAGUGAAUUUAUUGAAGAAGCUGGCAAAAACUUUCCUAUAUUCAUAGGCUUUGGUUUGAAUGAGUCUGUCAUAUCACAUUUGGCGGUGAAAUACAAGAAAAGUGCAUGGUUUUCUGUGGCAAAAGAUUUCUCAGAUAAAACAAUGGAAUUCUAUGAUUUUGACAAAGUACCUGCAUUGGUAGCCCUUCAUCUGACCUACAAUGAACAGAGCAUAUUUUAUGGCCCUUUUGAAGAAAAGUUCCUUGAGGACUAUAUCAAACAGAGCUUGCUCCCUCUGGUUUUACCUAUUAAUCAAGACACUCUGAAGGCGUUGAAAGACGACAAGAGGAAAAUUGUUCUAACAAUUGUGGAAGAUGAGGAUGAUGAGAGGUCAAAAGGACUAGUUAAACUCUUGAAAGCUGCUGCAUCUGCGAACCGUGACUUGGUGUUUGCUUUUGUUGGGUUCGAGCAGUGGCAAGACUUUGCCGAGUCAUUUGAAGUAUCUAAAAAAAUUAAACUACCGAAGAUGAUUGUGUGGGAUGGAGACGUGGAGUAUUUUUCAGUCAUCGGCUCAGACAGUGUUGAAGAUGAAGAUCAGGGGUCCCAAAUUACGCGGUUUCUUAAAGGAUACAGAGAAGGAAGUGUUAUACAGAAACACAUCAUUUCAGAUGAUUACAAGGCUUUCAGAAACUCAAUGUUUCUGAUCGGAGCACUUAUCCUUGUUCUCGUUGUGAUACUGGUGUCGAUGAUGAUGCAGUCUGUUAAAGAGGAACCCUCAAGAGAACAGGUUGAUCAUUCCACAUCUCUAUCAGAAGCCAGAGAAGCACUUCGUUCUGGCGAUAAACAAGACAAGAUAGAUUAAGUUUACACUUUUUGGAACAUUAAUUUCAAUCUAACAGAAAUAAGUAGCUUGAUAAAUUUUUUACAAGAUGAGCAAUUUGACA